AUGGCAGGUCAGCGAAAGAAUUUGUAUCUCCUCGGGAACUUUGCGCCCAUUCAGACCACAGUGUCUGACAUUACCUGUGAUGUGAAGGGCUCGAUACCCGAAGAGUUCUAUGGUGGUCAAUAUGUUCGGAAUGGAAGUAACCCGCUUAAAGAUGACACAAAGCACGAUAUCCACUGGUUCGACGGCGAUGGCAUGCUCACUGGCGUUUUCUUUAGGCGGGAUCCAGAUACACCAGGGGCACAGCCGGUUUUCUCUAAUCAGUAUAUCGUGACAGAUGUUUACAGUGCCCGUAAAAAGUCCCCAUGGAUCUACCCCGUCAUUCCUGGUAUGAACACCAUGAUUGAUCCCAAAUCAUCAUCGGUCAAAAUAGCAAUGAGCAUCGUACGCACAGCAGCGAUAGUGACUGCAUCGAUCUGGGGUUGGAUCGCCCGUCCAAUUAAAAGAAUAGGUACCGCCAAUACAAGCCUCUUUCAUCACGAUGGCCGAGUCCUUGCCACUAAUGAAAUCGGGCCUCCCAUGCGGGUUUUUCUUCCCUCAUUGAAAACAGUUGGCUGGUUUACCGGAAGCCAGGCUGAAGGCGAGUCAGAUCAGGAGGAUCCAUCAAUGCCCUAUUUCGGUGCUCCUGGUCUUGAAGGGGUGUACAAAGAAAUGACUACGGCUCAUCCCCGUGUGGAUCGCGAGACAGGAGAACUCAUAUUGUUCCAUUCCACGUUUCUCCCGCCUUAUAUCAAUUACUCAAUUGUGCCGCAAGGCGUCCCUACCAACGCCACCCCGGCUUUGAACCAGGCUGUGCCGGGAUUGAAAUCAGGGAAGCUGAUGCACGAUUUUGGAGUGUCUCACAGGCACACCGUACUUAUUGAUACACCUGUUUCGUUGGAUCCCUACAGGCUUCGCCAUGGUAGACCAGCGGUCGAGUACGACCCCGUAGGCCAUACACGCCUUGGGGUUUUUCCACGACACUCACCAGAUAGGCAAUGGGCUCUGUCCGUGAUCCCGUUUGAGUUUCCUCAUGUCCCUGAACAUUUGCAAAUGAGUGCAACAAAGUAUGUCUACGGCUGUUCGAUGAGGGAAGGAAACUUUGCGACCAGGCAUAACAGCUGCUACAAGAUAGAUAGCUUGGUGAAGGUCAACGUGGAGUCAAUUCUCCGGAAGGGGCUUGAUAAUCCACCAUCCCAGGUUCAUGGAUGUGUUGAUACUCGCUCUAUCCACGAGAUCAUCAACUCCCAGGAUCCGCAUGAUCCCAUCCAAGUCUUUGCUCUGCCUCCAAGGCAUUACGCACAGGAAUGCUCAUUCGUGCCUCGCAAGGAUGGUGUCUCUGAGGAUGAUGGAUGGCUCGUUACGUACGUCUUUGACGAAGCUUGGCUGGACGACAGUGGGGUUCCUCUACCUGAUGCACACAGCGAGUUGUGGAUCAUUGAUGCGGUGAGCAUGAAGGAAGUUGUUGGCCGGGUGAUCUUGCCACAACGGGUUCCAUAUGGGAUGCAUGGAAACUGGUUCUCGGAGGAAGAGAUCUUGAACCAAAGAGGGGUCCAUCAUUAUCGCAAUGAGUAG